CUGUGGUGGCUCAUUACAUUAUCAACCGGAGUGGCAGCGGACAGAAGAGAGGGGAUCCCCGGGAUUUUUUUUUACGCCGAAGCCAGCGCAACACUAACAUCAAAACAUCUGAAAAAUCGCAAGUGUGGCGGGGGAAACUCGGUCAAGCUCCUCCUAGACUUCGGUGAGAGCAGCCAUGUCAGAGGAGGCGGUGCGUCUGACGCGCAGCCAGAAGCGGGCUCUGGAGAAGGACGGCGCCGCUCCCCCGGACCCGCUGGACGACGUGGACGCCAAGCGGGUCAAGCUGGAGAAAGGCGACGCGGCCGAAGGGCCCCCGGACCCGGCGGGUCCCCGAGCCGCCGAGGGCGUCGCGCUCACGAGCGAGAGCGCCGCCGAGGUGGCGGCCGGCGUCGCGAAAACCGGGGAGGUGAAGGCCACCGUCAAGGUGGAGGUGCAGACCGGAGACGAGCCCGUUGACAUGAGCACAUCCAAAAGCGACAUUAAGAGCGAGCGGCAGCCGCCGUCGCCGGAUGACGUCAUCUUGUUGUCCGACAACGAGCCGUCCAGUCCUCUCACGAACGGCCACUGCUUCUCGAAGACCGACACGGAUAAACUCAUGAGGAGCUCUCCCGAGGAGAGGGAGCGCAUCAUCAAAACCCUGCAGGAGGAAUUGAGACUCCAGGAGGCCAAGCUGGUGCUGCUCAAGAAGCUCCGGCAGAGCCAGAUCCAGAAGGAGUCCGUACAGAAGUCGACCGGCUCCGUAGCCACGCCCCCUCCUCUGGUGAGAGGUAGCAUCACGUCGAGCAAAGGGCCCCUCCAGGUGAUAGGUCGAAGCUCGGGCACGGUGAUCCCGCCUCCUCUGGUGCGCGGCGGGCAACACAUGCCGUCCAAACACACCUCCCAGAUUGUCAUGCCACCCCUGGUCAGAGGGGCCCAGCCCAUCGCGGUGACUCCGCAGCAGAUCGCCAGUCUGCGGCUGCAGCAGCACCAGCACAGCGGGUCAGGACCCCCGCCGCUGCUGCUGGCCCCCAGGGCGUCUGUGCCCAACGUCCAGAUCCAGGGCCAGAGGAUCAUUCAGCAGGGACUCAUCCGGGUGGCUAACGUGGCCAACAGUAAUCUCAUGGUCAACAUCCCUCAGGCCUCGCCCACGAGCCUCAAAGGCUCUUCGGUGUCGCCCAACUCCAACAUCAACGACUCCCCGGCCAGCCGGCAGGCGGCCGCGAAGCUCGCGCUGCGCAAGCAGCUGGAGAAGACGCUGCUGGAGAUCCCGCCCCCGAAGCCUCCCGCCCCGGAGUUCAACUUCCUGCCUUCGGCGGCCAACAACGAGUUCAUCUACCUGUUGGGGCUGGAGGAGGUGGUGCAGAAGCUUCUGGAGAUGCACGGCAGAGGUAACCUGGGCCCGGCAGCUGCCAGCUCCAUUCCCAAAGAGCCGUACACCUGCGCCCAGUGCAAGACAGACUUUACCUCCCGCUGGAGAAAGGAGAAGCCCGGGACCAUCCUGUGUGACCAGUGCAUGUCGUCCAAUCAGAAGAAGGCCCUGAAGGCCGAGCACACCAACCGGCUGAAGGCGGCCUUCGUGAAGGCGCUCCAACAGGAGCAGGAGAUUGAGCAGCGCAUCCUCCAGCAGGCGACCUCCUCCUCUUCCUCCUCCUCCCUCUCCAAAAGCACCUCCUCCCCAUCACUGUCCAAGAGCGAGGUGCUGGUGUCCCAGCAGUACAAGCACGUCCGGGCUGCUAUGCAGCACCGAGCCGCGUCUGCCCAGCACUCCCACAAGCAGCCGGCGCGUGGCCUUCGUCUCCCCGCACAGAGUCACAUGUCACACAACAUCCAGUCGAUGGGCUCCCGCGGCCUGGCCCACUCCUUCACCUCCUCCUCCCAGCUGCAGAGCGCGAUGGCGGCGGCGGCGGCGCUGGGCAGCCGGGCCGGCAAGCACGCCGCGGCGCGCCCGCUGCAGCACGGCGCCAAGGUCGGCGCCGGCGGCAGCAGUAACCAGAGCAACGUGGCCGCCUGGAGGAAGCAGACCGGCGGCAACGCAGGUGUGACCAUGGCCUACGUGAACCCCAGCUUGUCCGCCCACAACAAGACCACCUCCGCCGUGGAGCGCCAGCGGGAGUACCUGCUGGACAUGAUCCCCUCCCGCUCCAUCUCCCAAGCAGCCAACACAUGGAAAUAAUGCCACCGUGCUCCUUUACUGACAUCAUAACUAUUACCCCCCCUCCCCUAAUAUCAAUAACAGCCAUUCUCAUGAUCACUCUAAUCCUUUCUAUGGACUUCUGGCUAAAAAUCGUGCUGGGAAAAAUCUGCGUAGUUUCUUUUCUUUUUCCUUUUUUUCAGCUCUUCCUAAGAUCUUCCUGUUCCCAUCAUUCUUACCCGAGUCCUUCAAGCGGAGUUGUGCUUCUUCGACCACUCGGGAGAUCCAGAACAAGGAAUAUGAUUUUUGGGGUACCUUUUUUUUGUGUUGUUGCUGCUCUUUCGAGGGUUGGGGGUGUACAUGGGCUCGUACAACUUUACAAACUUCUCCGGCGCUGUGGCCUCUCCUCCCUCCUCUCCCGUACGUCGGUUCAGCGUCCGCGUUGCCCCGAGACGCAUCAUCCCCAAGUUCCACUGCCUCUGGAUUAGGCUCAGGUGGAGAGGGGGGGGGGGCAAACAAAACAUAAAUAAUCACACAUUACACACGUUCAAAUCUUCGCCUUACGUCCUUCCCCCUUCUCCAGUCUCGAGACUCAAACUGAAGAUCUCGCCUCGGGGGUCGCGGUCGAGCUUCGAUGGACCGUCCACGAAAUAAUAACUGCUUCUUCAGCUUUGCAAAAAAAAAAAGAAGAUUUUAAAAAACGGAGAAAGGAAACAACAACAAAAGGACAAACAAAAAACGAUCUACCUGCACACAGACUCCCUCUUCUCGCUCACCCCGAGGAGCGGACGCGUGUCUGGAUUAUUUCGUAUGGCUGAAUGUUAGGAUGUUUGGUCUUUUCAUCUGCAAGUCAUCUACUGUGUUUUGAGUGUUGUGCUCCCGGAGACUUUGGAAGCGGCCUCUUGUCGAGGUCUGAAUUUACAGGCUAAUGUUACCGUCGAGGUGGUUUUACAUCUGCUGGGUUCCAUGUCGUGGCCUACUUUUAAAUACUUUGGUUUUUUUCUAAAAGCGAAGAGGAAGAAUGAAGAUUAAGGUUUCACUAACUCAUGUAAAGACACGGAGCGUACGUGUUUCGGAGAAGAAGAAAAAAAGGACUAUUCGUAUUGAAUAUUGUAAAAGAAAUGAAUAAAAAAAAUACAAAAAAUGGAAAGGAUAAAAAAAAAUAAUAAUAAAAAACUUCCAAAGAACAAGUGGAGCCCAAAUGGAGUCCCUUCUGCUAGAAGGCGUCUAGUUUAUUUGAACCCUCUCCGGAUUUAAACAUCUAGCGUGAGGGUGUGAGGAAUGUCACGUCUGUGACAUUGUUUUUGUUUUUUUGUUGCUUUUAGUCAUAGAUUGUGGUGCAUUGUUUUUCUUCUCUCGACAAACUGUCUCUGGGUUUAUUUAUAGGGUCACGUCAGUACAGAUUAUACGCUUCUGCCCUCAAGUUUGAACGGAUCUCCACUUUAAACUCUCUCUCGUGCGUCCAGUGGCUCCCUCUCACCUUCCGAUUGGUCCUUAGAGAAGCUGGACAGCUUUCAGAAUGUAGUUAUGCAAAAAGAAAACGACAACAAAAAACCCUAUAGCAACACAAUGACAUGGAGCUUCUUAGUCUUUAACAUUGCAGUGUGUCUGGUUCAUGUCGGGGUGCCCUUGAGUUGAGCUCUGCCUUUCACACGAGCGUUUUCAUCAGGUUGCAGCAGCACAGGAUAAGCUGGUGACGUGCAUGACGUCCUCCAGCUCACGGGGUUAUGUCAUCACGUCUCUGAUUCCCGUCACAGGGCGGCGCCGAGUUCCUUCAACCCUCGACACUGUUUUUAAUGGAAAGUGGGAAAAGAAACAUCGUGUUUUUAAAGCGGCAAAAAGAGGGUGAAGAAUCAGCGAUGUGUUAAAAAAUAAAUAAAAAUACGUGCAAAGUUGACAAGACUCGCACCAUCCCAGCAGUUAUUUUACCCUCUAUAUUCUGAAUUUCUUUCUUUUUUCUUGUUUUUUUUAAAAACAAUGGUUUUCACAUUGAAACCAUGAUCUCGUCACUCUAAUUAAAAACCCGGAGUCUCGCUGCCGUGUUGCCUCACUUUUGAUUUCAUAAUUCAUCCACGAUGUAUUAUUAUUAUUAUUAUCAUCAGGCACCAGCUGGGCAGCCGAUAGAAAUACGAGCACACAGUUUAAUUUAAACUCCUCCUGAUUUUUAAGUGGGUUUCUGUCUUAUUAUUUUUUUUAAAGUAGCAUCGUAAAUAAUCUUCCAGGGUGUCUGUACAUUCCCGACAGGCAGAAGUUAGCCGCCCCUGGAAUAGGACCCCUUCAUGUUGUGCCCUGCUAAGUGUAACCCUGUGCUGUCCUGACUACUGCCUGCUGCUGCUUGGGCAACAAUAAAUAUCACCAUUCCGUUAUGUGGGGACGGGGGCGCUGCGGGAAAAUAAACAGAUGCAGUGCGACCCGAAUGGAAAAGAAAACAAUGUAUGAGAAGUGUUUGUUUGUUUGUUUUUGUUUGGAUUUAUUUUCUGCUCUAUCAAAUAAUAAUAAAACUAAUUUUAACCCCUCUGUCAUGGUUGGGUUGCCUGUUCAAUUCGUGGUGUGUUGACGCGCUCUGGCCGAUAGGGGGCAGCAUUUCACUGCUGCGUCAGUACAAAAGCGCUUCUAGAGUUAUUAGCUAUAACAAUAAAAAAAUGGUGUGCCACUAUCCA